AUGAAAAUUGUAACCACUGUAAAAAACACUGGAAUAACAUCUGUCUUGACCAGCGGUUGCUCUCCAGAUCAGCCGUUCCUUAACGCCAAUGAGGAGGCUACAGAUAGUGAUGAUGAUGAUGAUGACAAUGAUGAUUAUGAGGAGGAGGAUGCAGAUCUUGAAAAUGAAGUCAGUGGUAAAGAUGAGCAGGGUGGGUUGACCGACCAGACGAGGGGAACAAUGUGUGGGUCUUCUGAACCAGAGUCCACCCAUCCUUCAGUACAGGGUAGUCUUCAAAAGCAAGACCAAGUCAAGACCGGUAACUUAAAAAGGAAAACCAGACGGCCCAAAACUGCAGACAAUACCUUUCAGGUGAAACUAAAGUACCGCCAUUUAAGGGGACCAAAGCGCUCACAAUCUGCCGAGUGUUUGUGUAGCAAAGCAGAAGGAUCAGAUCCUAACCAGCAACAAGGAAACCCGAGGAACAAGCAAACACCUCACUGGAGGAGAAAAAAUCAUUUGCCCGAAGAAAGUGUACAUGAGGGUCAUGUUUGGACAAAGAUUAGAAGAAAUUUAUCAGGAGGACAGUGCACAGCCAGGUACUAUGGCCUCCAGUAUGGCAGCAAAGGGCCUUUCAGGGCAAUACCUCCUAGCUCUCCUCCAAAGUUUACUCCAGAACCACCUGGGCGAAAUGCUGUCAAGAGGCUUAUUAAUACUUUUAACCAAGGGGUGGAGGACAAUUCAAGACAAAGUCCUUUAGACCAAAAACCAAUAAGUGUCAGGGGCAACAAGAAAUGCACUCUCCCACUGCUGCAAAACAGCAGAGGAGCUCUUACCACCAGUGGAAAUAUCAAAAAGAGCAUCCAUCCGCUUGAACCCAGACCUGAGCAACUGGAUAUAGACAGCCUCCCACCUCCACCCCCAGAGAUGCUCAUGGACAACUCAUUUGAAAGCAGUUUAGGGUUGCCCACUGAGGAGGGGGCUCAUGAUUUACAGUGCAGAGGGCAAAGACUCCGCACGUCAAUGCAAAGAGAGACUGUGCUCUCCAACCGGGCAAGCAGACAGCGAGGCUCCAUGAGCUUCUCAACGACUCAGCCCGUCAGGCAAGAUGCUUUGCCGGGUUCCUGCAUUGAACAGGAAUACAAAAAAGUGAUUGAGCUGGAUUCUGAAAGAGAUGCAGCACACACCCUUGACCAGAAAUUUAGAAAAGUUGUUCAUCUGCCUGCAGAGUCUUCAGCCAAAACAGCCCCGACUAAUGCAGGUUUGCAAGGUUCCACGCCUUAUCAAGAAUGUGAAAACCACAAUGAGGGCGAGAAUGCCACUAUGCAAGCAAAAACAUUUCCACCAACAACUCCACCUGUCUCGAGGGCACGGCCUCCACCCUCCUGUCCCACUGUGCGCCACGCAGUGCCAAGUCCUCCAUCCACAACAUCUGCCACCUCUAGUAUACACAGAUGUGCGAUGGCCGAAGAAAACAGCUUUCCUGCUUCUGGGACACAAUCAUUUUGUGAUGCUCGGGCCAUGUUCUGUAAGGAGAGCCAAUCACUCCCUCACACAUGGACGCAUUCAUGUACGUCUACUUUACCUCGGCCAUGGGGAGAACCUGCCAGAGGAAGACUGCCAACUACUCGUCUUCAACCUUCUUUUAUGGGAUGCAGCCCAUCAGGUCAAAGGUCAUCCCACAGUGAGCAGCCACAGUCAUUGUCUAAUGCCAAACAACAACAGGGCCAGAGCAAUGACGUCACACCUUUGACCAGUGAGGGGACGAUCCCAGCGUCUAUGCGAGCAGACGGCAGCGGCACAGACUGCUGAUCUGAACACACACAGCGCAGCGGGGAGAUUACAGAUUAGUUUAAGGCCUUUUCUCUCUCCUGAGACCUCGAUAUACACGGAAACAUUUCCAAUAAAUAUAAACACCAUGACGCUUAAAAGAGCUUAGAAGUUUAGAAAAACACCUGCCUGUGUAUAUGUGUCCCUGUGUCUCAAACUGUCUACUUAAUCUGUCAUUUAAGCUCAUGUUUACUCUUCUAUUUGUAGCACGAUCUUCCUUUUGGUUUUGAUACGUAACAAAGGAUUAUUAAUUUCAAUCUGAGAGGCAUCAAAAAGUAACAUUUUCUUUUUUCAUCCUUAUUUAACAGGAGCCAGUUACUGUAACUUACUACUUGUUAGAAAUAUAUAAUCAGG